UUUUCCACACACUUCCACACCCUUGGGCAAAGUUUUCCAACAGAACGAUACCAACAAAAGAAAGUACAGUUAUUAUUGUGCACUUUUGCCUGCUCAGUUAUCUUAAUCCAUCACUUAUGUCAGGGACACAGUAGUCAGCGUUUUUAUGGUUGACUGAAGAAAUGAAAACUAGGACAGAAACGAAAGAGCAAAGCAAGUGAUGUGCACCUUCAGAGUGCCUCGCUCUGGUGGUCAGCGAGAGUAACCAGUUGAAGCUCGAGGAAGAGGACAGAGCCAUCAAGCCGGACAGUUUUUCAGGGUGAUAUUUUUUCAUUGGCUAUAGUGCAAUGAUGUAAGAGGGCCUACACACUUCUCAUAGUGUCCACACACAAUGACAAUGUUCAAAGGAAUAAGGCCCAAAUAUCAAGAACCCAUAUCCUGCUGCAAAGAUGCUACAUCUUGGAUUAAUGGAUUCUCUCCUAGAUACCCAGACUGCUGUGUGUCAGUCUGACUCUCAACUGUCUAAUAAACAGAACAUUUAAGAAUCGAUGGCAUUCCCAAUCCAAAUAAAAUUUUUACCAGGAGCACCUUCAGUUGUGCCAAGAACAACUCAUCCCUUAAUUCAAUGUAUCAUUGACAACAAGCUGAAAAAGUUGCAGAGACUACUCAGAGGAUGUGAUAUUAAUGAACUCUAUCCUUCUGCACUCUGGAAUGAUGAUCUUACGCUGCUGUCGGCUGCAGUUGUAUGUGCAAAUGAAGAGAUUUGUAACUUUCUCCUGAGAGAGCAGGCAGACCCUAAUAAAAUUUCAGCAAAUGCACUAGCACCACUGCACUAUGCUGCACUUACACAAGGAGUUCCACUCAGUAUAGUGAAAAGAUUACUUGCAGCUAAAGCCAAUCCAGAUGGCCAUCAAACACAAAUUUUUACACCAUUACAGUUUGCUGUUAAAAAUAACAGAGAGGACAUGGUCAAAGCACUUAUAGAUGCUGGCGCUUACAUCGAAAGAAAUUACAGACUACACCCAGAUAUCGAUAAGAAACUAGAGACUAUUAUUCAUCAGUUACCUUCAGGGAGUGAAGCUUUUGAGAAAUGCAGGCUCUUUUUUAAUUUGACUACAUUAGUUUCUAAGAAAACCCAGGUAGAGGUUUUCAACCUCUUCAAGGAAAACUUUCUCGAGGAACAUCCAUUCAGCCAUAUUACCCUACUUGAAAAUUAUUUUAAUGUCAUGGGUCCAGGUGCUGAACAGUUUCAACUGAGUUGCAUCAAGUGGCUGAAGGACUCCAAGAACAGUGACAAUUACAUUGAGGGGUUCAUCCAACGCUUUCCCAGAAUACCUCAUGAGUAUCAGAUAAUUGCACUGAACACCUUGCAGGCUGUAAUUUUCAUGAUGAAAGAAAUAUCUCUCCAAGUAUUUGACGAGAUUGUACCUAUUCUGAUCAAAAGUGUACAACCUGCUGGCUCCCCUCAGGGAGAAGUAUUCAAUCAGCUGAUACUAAACAUACUUUGUGUGACUAUGGAGAAGUCCUUAAAGCACAAUGCUGGUCUUGACGUUUCUGUUCUUCAAAACUUAUGCAGGGGUCUUUUACCUCUCACUAGUCCUAAGUAUUCACCCGAUGUCAGCAUUCUUACUUACCGCUUGUUUGCUGAUCUUUAUGAGUUCAUCCCAGAACAUAUUCAUUCAUGUGGAUUACUCUCAGUGCCUGAUAGGGUACUUGAUGCUGCAGAGAUAAGAAUGGAUGAUGUUAUUAAGGAGAAGCUGCACAAACUGGACACAGAUCUCAAACAUCCACAAAGUUCAGGUGCCUCAGAUAGUUUAUAUGAGGGAGCAGAGAACAUGCUGUCAAAGAAGAAGAAGAAGAAGAAGAAGAAGAAAAAGAAGAAGAAGAAAGAAGCCCAGCAGGAGAUGACAUCAAAAGAAGAUGAGGGACAAGAAACAAAAGAGUGUGCAGAUUCAGAUACGGCCAUGACCUCACUUGAGGAGUCAAAUUCCAGCGUGCAGCCAUUUACAUCUACUACAGGAAAUCCAACAUUACCAAGAAGAUGGCUCCAAAUCAGCCAACGUUGGAGGCCCCAGAUGGAGAAACUUGCUAAUAUAGAUGCAAGUAAAGUUUAUAGACUGGGGAGUCUUACAAUUGGUGUUGGCCCAGAGUUCCAGAUAGCUAAAGGAAGUGAUGGAACAGAGGUUUUUCUUGGUCUGAGGGAUGAUGGCACUGAGGUAGCUGUCAAACGAAUGCUUAAGUCCAAUUAUCAAGACCUCAAAAACGAAGAGGCAUGUUUACGGCGUCCAGAACUCGACAAUCCUUCUAUUGUGCAAUAUGUGGACUUUGCAGAAGAUGAACAUUUUGGUUAUCUUGGCCUUAAACUUUGUGAAUACACACUGGAAGAAUACAUCCAAGACCAUCUGCCUGAAGACAGCAGUGAGCAGCUUGCUGUCCUGAAGAAAAUUGUGAAGGAGGUGCUGUGCAGCCUUGAAGUUCUUCACAGUGAAGAUAUCAAAGUGCUCCAUCGGGACAUCAAACCCCAGAAUGUUUUGAUUGAUAUAACUGGAAAGGCGAGAUUAGCUGAUUUUGGUAUAAGCCGGAGGCUGAAUUUAGGACAAACGACACUACGCACUAGUGCUGCUGGAACAAAGUACUGGAAAGCCAGGGAGACCAUUGAAGAGGACAAUAACAGUGCAUACAAGAGGAGUUCUGACAUUCAGGUUGCUGGAAUGUUAAUAUAUUACAUCCUCUCUCGUGGACACCAUCCGUUUGGUAAAGGUGUCCAUUGUGAGUUUAACAUUCUUUAUGGGAAAUACUCGCUGGAACAUCUGAAGGAUGACCUCGCAAAGGACCUGGUGGAGUGGAUGAUCAAUCAUGAUCCAAAGAAGAGACCUAAAAUAAAAGAGGCCCUCGCUCAUCCUUUCUUCUGGACAGACAAAAAGAAAGUAGACUACUUAAAAAAACUGGGGAUUGAGAAUGAGGCAGUGAACUGCCGCAGCCCUGAGGAAGAGCUCCUUCAUUCAAUAGAGGAAAUGACAGUAGGGAAAUCCUUCUCAGAGUGGAAAACAAAACUGCCUGCUGAGCUUGUGCAAAAAUUGGAUGGUAAGAAAAAGGCCUACCCAGAGAACACACUCGGCCUGCUGCGAUUCAUUCGAAAUCUGCAUGAACACUACCCUGCGGAAGCAUGCAAAAUAAACUUGAUGGCCUUAUUCCCUGACCUUUUUGAAAGUGCUUUCAAGUUCGCCAAAAACAGAGGAUGGCAUGAGCGACCGAAUUUAAAGUGGAAGUACCUGAUCACAAAUGACAGUUGAUUCUGUUAAUUUAGCUAAAUUGAACUCUCAACAGUCAGCAGUGUCCAUUCCAAUGAUUUGUCAACCAGUCAACAAGGACUAUAUAGGUUUAAUAGUGUGAUUAGUUUUGGUUUACAUCAGCUUUAUGAUAUCAACGUUAUGAAAGACUACUCCAAAUUUGUGAUGACAAAAAGGUGAUUUGCAAAGGAAAUGGGAUAUGGGAAUAAAUAGGGGGUGAACACAACUACGAAAUAUCAGGACAAAAAUCAGCAAAAUGUGUCAGUGCAUAUAGAGCAAAUCUUUGUUUAAUAAUUUAAUUUAAUAAUUUAAAGCUAAAGCUAAAAUCUCACAAAAUGUGAAGUAUAGGAUGGCUACUUUCACAGUGUGUUUCCACUGAUUAUUUGGUUAAAAAUCUAGUUUAUUCAUAAACUUAAAGUUAAGAAUUACACACUUACUAUUAUGCAGUCUCACAACUUCCUACUGUCUCAAUUUAUUUCUAUUUAAAAGGUGGAUUCUCGUAUUCUGAGCCAUCAGGUUAUACGUGACACUAUGAGAAACUCCAGUUCCAAUUCAGCUGCAACUUAUUUAAAUAAGCAAAAGGAAAUAUUGUAAAUAGUCAAAUUAAAUUACAAAAGUACUUUUAGAAUGAAACGAAAUAAAAACUAUUUCUUAUUCAGUGCUUAUGACAGGUGACGGUUAAAACCUGAAUAAAUGCCUGGAGAAAUACAGUGAGUGUAGAUGCUCUCAGCUGGGUGUACUGCAUGAUACAAAUAAGCUUUUAACACCACACUAAUGGCAUAAUAAAAUGCUGAGCAAGCCCAGUUGACCUCACUUUACAAUCAAGAUAACAGGAGGAAAAGAUCCAAGCCAUUUUGAAAUAUGGUUCAUUAUGCAAAUGGUAGGAGCUUCAGUCAUAAAGACUGUUCAGCUGACUAGUGUUUUAACAUCUGCAUUUACUUCUGUGGGAAAAUCAUCAGUAAAUAUGUAUGCAUUUGUAGUAUACACGCAGAGAACUGUACAGACCUGAAUGAUGAUCCCUACAUUGUCCCUUAUGCAGCUUGCUAUGGGUGGUCCACACCUACUAACUGUAUGUUGGCUAUUCCUUUAAUUUGUCAGUAAUUUGUGUAUGUUCCUGAUGGCCUGAUGUUCCAUAGUACCUGAAUCCACCCUAGUGUCAAAAUAUGAAAUGCCUUGGUUUUGGUUCUCUCCUAUGAAAGCUUUGCUGUCAGACCUUAUAGUUACUAUCAGUGUGUCUUAUUUUAUCAUUCUCUUCCUUUUUUAUGAAUGUUGUUCUCGGAAGCACAAGUUACAUAAAUUAGCAUGCAGCCAAGGGCGCUAUGGAAAAAAAAGAUACUUCAAUACAAUUUUUGAAUACACACUAUUUUUGUCAUCUAACUUGUUGGAACAGGCAAAAAAGACAGUAGUGUCAUAUUUUAAAAGAUACUAUCAUAAAUUCAGUACAACUGAUUUUUAACGUUUUACAUACCGCGCUGCACUAAAUCCAGUUUAACAGUACUAAUGUUGCUCUCUUUUUAAUGUAACAUGCAGCUGUUCAGUGUUCUUUAAAUACUGACGAUAUCCAUGAUAUUUUCACAGAAUAGACAUAAUUCUGCUGAAAAAAAUAAUAGAAACCAUUAAGUGUUUUAUUUGGUUCCUGAUAGUUUUGUAAUAUGUUUUGGCUUUUUUGAUGGGUUGAUAUCACAGUGUAAAGGAUCAUAUUUGUUUAACAGGAUCAUAAUGGUUUAACAGGUGACCAGUGGCUGAUUCUAAAUGCAAUAGAUGGUUUCCUAAUGGGAUCUAAAGAUAUUCUACAGGAAACAAGUGGUCUCUAAUGACAACCAUUAAUCCAAUUCCCAUUAGAAAGCAAAACCAUUAGGUUUUAAGCCUAAUGGAAUUUGUCAUGAUAACAACAAAUAAUGCCAAGUCUUUUCCAAGUUUGUUCCAAAG